CGCACAUUUCUUUUCAUUCAACUUCCAUCAUGUCGAACCAAAAUAUGGACAUGGACGUGGAUGAACCUGCCGCUCCUGACCCUCUCCCUGACCCACCUGUUCGUUCAUAUUCCGUACCACUCCGCGAAUCUGACUUGACCGUUGGCUAUGUCUAUUCUGCUGAAAUGACCAAUCAUUACGAUCCACAAGGGCAUCAAGAGGAUCCCAAACGAAUAACGACUAUAUGGCAGGCAAUACUUAAAGCAGAAUACCAUCAAAGAAUGAAGUCUAUACCGAUUCGACCCGUGAAAAGACACGAGGUACUUCUUGCGCAUAGCGAGGAUCAUUGGGAUAAGGUGCUGGCAAUCGAACACAUGACCACACAACAGAUAUUAGAUUCUAGAGAAUAUUACGAGCAGCUCUCUUUAUACGUGAUGCAAGGUACAACUCGAGCGGCUUGCCUUAGCUGUGGAGGCGCGGUAGAGGCCUGUCUGGCCGUUGCUCGUGGAGAAUUACAGAAGACCUUUGCUAUAAUACGUCCUCCAGGUCAUCAUGCAGAACCAGAUGAACAUAUGGGAUUUUGCUUCUUCAACAAUGUUGCGGUGGCAGCGCGGGUCGUACAGCAGAGCACAAAAACCAAAAGAAUCUUGAUACUCGAUUGGGACGUGCAUCAUGGAAAUGGUACUCAAAAGGCCUUCAAUGAUGACCCGUCUAUCCUGUACAUAUCCCUCCAUCGCUACGACGAAGGAACCUUCUAUCCAUGUGGUCCGUUCGGUGGCCUACAAUCUUGCGGUGAAGGACCCGGAAUUGGAUAUUCAGUAAAUAUCCCCUGGUCGGGGAAGGGGAUGGGAGACGCCGACUACAUACACGCCUUCCAAAAAGUGGUGAUGCCUAUCGCGAUGGAGUUCGCCCCGGAAUUGGUCAUCAUCUCCGCUGGUUUUGACGCGGCACAUGGUGACGAGCUCGGAGAAUGUUGUGUCUCCCCGACAGGCUAUGCACAUAUGACCCAUAUGCUUUCUGGGUUAGCUGGCGGAAGACUGGUUGUCGCACUGGAGGGAGGUUACAAUAUCGACGUUACGACCAAGUCCGCAAUGGCAGUCUUGAAGGUCAUCUUAGGAGAAGCCCCCGAUGAAUUACCUCCUUUAAUCGCCAGUGAAUCAGCUACCGAAGUCGUAUGGCUUGUUUCCAAGGAGCAAAGCAAGUACUGGCGAAGUGUCAAUCCCAAGAUCUGCGAACCACGCGAAGAGGUUGAACCGAUCACAUUUUCCAUACCCGAAAUACUCAAAGCCCAUCGACAACAUUAUCUUCAAUCUGUUCAUAACAUGAUGACAGUGCCUCUCUUGGGUGAUGAGCUCAACAAAAAGUUGUCCAGUCAGAUAAUGUGCACUCAUGACUUGUUCGAGAAUAAUACGAUGGUCGUGUUUGCACAUGAAUUCGGGAAUCUUCGAACCGAGCUUGCAUCCGCGGUAACUUGUGAUAUCAAUCUCGAAAAAUCAUAUCUGCUCGAUUUCUCGAAAGAGCUGAUAACGUGGGUGAGGAGCGAAGGAUAUUCGUUACUCGACAUCAACCUUUUCCCCAAGCCGACCCCUGCUGUGACUAUUUCUAAGCGCUCAAGGUCUGCGCCAGAUAUUGGAAAGCAAGUCACUACUUAUCUCUGGGAUAACUACAUCCAACUUUCUAGCGCACAAAGAGUCGUAUUGAUCGGGCACGGUCCUGGUGGUCAAGCAAUCAUGGAUCUACUCGAAAACAGGACCACGAGUGUUAUGAACACCGUCCGUGCAGUAAUUCAAGUUGUGGGACAUACCAAAGUCCCUAUUUUACCGAAGUACUCAGACGAACUCAGGAUAUGGUACACUCAGCGCUCUUAUGUUGUGCUACCUUCAAGACAUCGAGUAUUAGGACCAGAAACGAAACCGAGAGAUCUUAAAAGACAUGGACACUUGUGCCCCAUCGAGGAAUCCCAACCUCUCAAAAUGAUUAUGCGCGCUCUACCUGGCAUCCGUGAAUAUGUCAAGACUGUUCUAGAAAAACCCUAACAGUGAAGAAAUUUGAUUCGCGUCUAUUCCUAGUCUAAAAAAGCUGUGCCCAAGAUACCCGAAUCACAUUAGUACCAUCUCUGCGUUGAAGCUCUCGCCUAUCAUGUUCGCCGCGCAAUACAUCUCACCGUCUUUCGUUGAAGUCACCACGUACAGACGAAAGGUCGCAUUCGUACUUGGCUAAUUAGGGUUAUUGGCCUCCAGGAAACCCGAAGUUAUAUGUACUUCGCUACUCUCCUCCAUGUUUCGGUUGAGAGUGUGAUCCUUCCCGACCUUAGAAACGCUUGUUCUUCAUGGAGGGGACCCCGAC